CUUCCUUCCCAAGCUACGCUAAAGCCCCACCCCCCCGGCCCACAACCAACCGGCCAACCCCACCCACCAACCUCACCUGUCGCCCUCGCCCUCCCAUGGCGAAGGCGCAACGCCCAGCCGCGGGGAUGGGGAGGGAGCCCCUGCUCCCUUUCUCCGCCGCCGCCGCCGCCUCCCCGCCGCCCUACCUGGACGCCCGCGCCGACGCCGACGCGUACCCGUACGUCCUCCUCGUCCCCGUGCGGCUGCGGCGCGGGUGCCGCUGCCGCUGCCUCGGCCCGCUCCUCGCCUCGCUCGCGCUGCUCUCCCUCGCCGGGUUCCUCCUCUGGCCCGCCGACCCGGACGUCAGCGUCGCGCGCCUCCGCCUCGCGCACGUCUCCGUCUCCGCGCGCCCCUCCGUCGCCGUCACCAUCUCCGCCGCGCUCAAGGUCCGCGUCCGCAACCCGGACUUCUUCGCGCUCGACUACAGCCGCCUCGACGUCGACAUCGGGUACCGCGGCGCGCCGCUCGGCCGCGUCACCUCCGGCGGCGGCCGCGUCCGCGCGCGCGCCGUCUCGUACAUCGACGCCGACCUCAGCCUCGACGGCAUAAGCGUCGUGGAGGACGCGAUCUACCUUCUCGAGGACCUCGCGCGGGGAUCCAUACCCUUCGACACCGUCGCUGAGGUCGAGGGCCACGUUCGCUUGUUUUUCCUCAGAAUCCCUGUCAAGGGGAGAAUAUCUUGCGUGGUGCAUAUUAACCCGCACAAUCAAACCAUAGUGCACCAGGACUGCUACCCAGAGUGAGUUGCUAACGGCUUUCUAGCAAUCUUCACGUGUGUGGAGGUCAUAAAACUUCUCUUGGAGUGCUUUUAGCUGUUGUAUAAAUAUAAUCCAUUUGGCUUUGUACCGUGGAUGUGCACUUGAGGCAAACAUUAAAUUCUCUUCAACACGCUGGUAGAUGGGUCGGUUGUAAAUUUGCUAGCAGGCCCAGAAACAAUGGUUUCUAAGUCCAUGUUUAUACUAUAAAUCGGUUUCCUAAAGGGAAAAAAAUGGUUAACAGUAAUCUACAUUGGCAUUUUCAGUUGCAGUUGCCUGGUUGGGUUUAUGGAGUGGCCCAUUGGUCAUCUGGCCAUCUACUCAUUUGUCACUGAUAUCUCAUCGGUAUGACUAUCA